AUGGCGCACAAAGAUUACGAUCAUACCACCAAAUUCACGCCUCUCAUUCAGGAAUACCCAACAUCAUACAUCGUCAACACAAUCGCCAUAGCCGUGGAAGGACGCAACUUAUUAUCCGUCACGAAAUCUGCCAACAGUACGCCGAUACUUACCCUCGUAGACUCGGGCACGACCAUCACCCGUCUCCCGUCGGAUGUAUACAAAGCGUUGAGCAGCGAAUUCAGGCGGGUCAUGCGCACUAAAUACAGAUACAAGGGGGCGUUCUAUGACUGUUUUGAUGGCUUCUUCGACACUUGUUUUGUUCCUAACAGCAAUAAAAUUCAUGUCCCAUCUGUAUCAUUCACCUUUCAGAAUAAUGUGCAAGUCAAUUUGGAUGCUUCGGGAACAGUUUAUGUUGUCAACAAAUCGCUAAUCUGUUUUGCUUUCACCAAUGGCGGCGCUGAUUGGGUUACUUUCGGCAACACUCAGCAGAAGACAUUCGAGGUCGUGUACGAUGUUGCCGGCCAGAAAUUAGGGUUCAGCUCAGGCGGCAUGUGUACUUGA